AUGAUGAGACGACGGUCCACCGUGGCCGGUUUCUUCACGGCGCUUCUCUACGGCUUUGGUACCCAGGAUGCCAAGGCCCUGGAAUCCAUAGAUGCAAGUGCCUAUCGAUGUUAUCUCGCAAGUAACGACGGAAGGUUCGCUCGUCAUCGGUCAGUAAUCAGCACGAGCCAGGGAGGAAGGCAUGGUCUUGGAGCAUCUCAUGCUGUCCGAUAUGAGUGA